CAGUCCAAAGUAUGAAGAAGCACGAGCGCGUGAAGUGAGGGAAAAGUACGGAGAGUAUCCAGAGGGGCUCACGCGCACAAACCGGAGGCAGAUCCACGUUAAUAAGCGGAUAUUCGGACCGGGGAGAGGCCGUGGUGAGUUCAGGAGCAGCGGACAUCUUCUUGACUCCUCCAGGAGAGAGAACGCCGCCAUGGAGAGGACGGAGCGGCUGUAGGAGCAGACGGAGCAGACGGAGCAGACAUGGGCGCAGCGCUGCUGCUGUGGAGCUGCCUGCUGUCCGCGGCGCACGGCUCUCCUCUCCUCCUCUUUGCAAACCGGCGUGAUGUUCGACUCGUGGACGCCGAGGGCGUGCGGGGCGAGUCGGCCAUCGUCGUCAGUGACCUGGAGGACGCGGCGGCGGUGGACUUCCUGUACUCUGAGGGUCUGAUAUUCUGGACAGAUGUGAGCGAGGAGGCCAUCAAGCAGACGCACUGGAACCAGUCGUCCAACUCUCUUAAAGAGGCUCUGGGGACGGGUCAGACCGUGGUGGUCUCCGGUCUGGACAGUCCUGAUGGGCUGGCCUGUGAUUGGCUUGGUAGGAAGCUUUAUUGGACGGACUCAGAGACCAAUCGGAUCGAAGUGGCCAACCUGGACGGCUCCUCCAGGAAGGUCCUGUUCUGGAUGGACCUGGACCAGCCGAGGGCCAUCGCCCUGAACCCGGCACAGCGUUACAUGUACUGGACAGACUGGGGGGAGGAGCCAAGGAUAGAGCGAGCUGGGAUGGACGGCAGUAACAGGAAAGUGAUCGUGGACACAGACAUCUACUGGCCCAACGGUCUGACCAUCGACCUGCGAGAACAGAAGCUGUACUGGGCCGACGCCAAGCUCAGCUUCAUCCACAGAGCCAACCUGGACGGAUCAGCACGUGAGACCGUGGUAGAGGGGACCCUGACUCAUCCCUUCGCCCUGACGCUGUCCGAGGAGACCCUGUACUGGACGGACUGGCAGACCCGCUCCAUCCACGCCUGCAACAAACACAGCGGAGACAAAACGCGAGAGAUCCUCAGCGGCAUCUAUUCCCCCAUGGACAUCCAGGUCCUGGAGUCCCACAGACAGCCCCACAUCCAGACCCCCUGCAGUGAUAACAAUGGAGGCUGCAGUCAUCUGUGCCUCCUCUCUCCGCUGCAGCCUUUCUACAGCUGUGCCUGUCCCACUGGGGUCCAGCUCAAAGAGGACGGGAAGACCUGCAAACCAGGAGCGGAGCAGGUUCUGCUGCUGGCUCGACGGACCGACCUGAGGAGGAUCUCCCUGGACCUUCCAGACUUCACAGACAUUGUCCUUCAGGUCGAUGACAUUCGCCACGCAAUAGCUAUAGACUACGACCCUGUUGAGGGUUACGUCUACUGGACAGACGAUGAGGUUCGAGCCAUCAGGAGAUCCCGCAUCGAUGGCAGCAAUGCCAUGAUGCUGGUUACCACGGAGAUCAACCACCCAGACGGGAUAGCUGUGGACUGGGUGGCCAGGAACCUGUACUGGACUGACACAGGAACUGACCGCAUAGAGGUCACCAGGUUAAACGGAACCUUCAGGAAAAUUUUAAUUUCAGAGAACUUGGAUGAACCCAGAGCCAUCGUCCUGGACCCCGUCAAUGGCUUCAUGUACUGGACCGACUGGGGCGAGCAUCCAAAGAUCGAGCGGGCCAACCUGGACGGGAUGGACCGGCUGGUUUUGCUAAACACUUCUCUGGGCUGGCCAAACGGACUCGCCAUUGAUCACACGGCGGGAAAACUGUACUGGGGGGACGCAAAGACGGACAAGAUAGAGGUUAUAAAUGUAGACGGCACUAACAGACAGACUCUCCUGGAGGACAAGCUGCCUCACAUCUUCGGGUUCACGCUGCUCGGAGAUUUCAUCUACUGGACCGACUGGCAGCGGCGCAGCAUCGAGAGGGUCCACAAAAUCACGGCAGUACGAGAGAUCAUCAUCGAUCAGCUGCCUGACCUCAUGGGGCUGAAGGCGACCAAAGUGACCGAGACUUUCGGUACAAACGGCUGUGCAAUAGACAACGGCGGGUGCAGCCAUCUUUGUUUCUGGUGUCGGCAGGCGAUCAGCUGUGCCUGUCCAAUGGGGAUGGAGCUGCUCUCUGACCUGCAGACCUGUGUGGUUCCUGAGGCCUUCCUGCUCUUCACCAACAGGGACAACAUCCGCAGCAUCUCUCUGGGUACCAACAGCAACGACGUGGCCAUCCCUCUGACGGGGGUCAAAGAGGCAUCGGCUCUCGACUUUGACUUUUCUGAGAGAAGAAUUUAUUGGACGGACAUUCAGGCCAAGACAAUCAGCAGAGCCUACAUGAACGGCAGCUCCGUGGAGCACGUCAUCGAGUUUGGACUCGACUACCCAGAAGGCAUGGCGGUGGACUGGAUGGGUCGCAACAUCUACUGGGCCGAUACGGGGACCAACCGCAUCGAGGUGGCCCGGCUGGACGGUCAGUACCGGCAGGUCCUGGUCUGUAAAGACCUGGACAAUCCACGCUCGCUGGACAACCCUCGAUCCCUCGCUCUGGACCCCGCCAACGGAUUCAUGUACUGGACCGAGUGGGGGGGCCGGCCUCGGAUUGCCCGGGCCUACAUGGAUGGGAGCACCACAAACACCCUGGUGGACAAAGUGGGCCGGGCCAACGGCCUCACCAUCGACUACGUGGACCAUCGGCUGUACUGGACCGACCUGGACACCUGCAUGAUCGAGAGCACCAACAUGCAAGGCCUGCAGAGGGAGAUCAUCGUAGACGACCUUCCUCACCCCUUCGGUCUCACUCAGUACAGAGACUUUAUCUACUGGACUGACUUCAACCUCCGCAGCAUCGAACGAGCAGAUAAACGCAGCGGACUGAACCGCACCGUGGUGCUGCAGGGCCAGCUGGAGCUGAUGCUGGACAUCCUCGUCUUUCACUCGUCUCGCCAGGAAGGAACCAAUGAGUGUUCCCAUAACAACGGCAACUGUGCCCACCUUUGCCUGGCCACGCCCGCUGGAGCUCAGUGCCGCUGUGCCUCCCACUAUACGCUGAAUUCAGACCGGAGGAACUGCAGCUCUCCCUCCAGCUUCCUGCUCUUCAGUCAGAAGGCCAGCAUCAGCCGCAUGGUUCUGGGCGAGCAGAGUCCUGACAUCAUCCUGCCCAUCCACGUCCUAAGGAACGUCCGCGCCGUCAGCUACGACCCGCUGGACCGGCUGGUGUACUGGCUGGACGGAAGGCAGAACAUCCGCAGGGCGAGAGACGACGGAGCCAUGUCGUCCAUGAUCGUCAGCAGCAGCGUUCAGGACAACCAGCUCCACGACCUGAGCCUGGACCCCUACAGCCGCCAUCUUUACUGGACCUGCGAGACCACCAACACCAUCAACGUACAGCGCAUGGAUGGUCACAUGGUGGGCGUGGUCCUAAAGGAUGACACGGACAAACCACGAGCCAUCGUGGUCAACGCUGAGAAAGGGUACAUGUACUUCACCACGGUUCAGGAGCGCUCAGCCAAGAUCGAGGGAGCGAGUCUAGACGGGACGGAGAGAGAGUCUCUGUUCACCACCGGACUCAUCCGGCCCGUGGCUCUGGCUCUGGACAACAAACUGGGGAAGCUGUUCUGGGUGGACGCCGACCUCAAACGCAUCGAGAGCAGCGACCUGACGGGAGCCAACCGCAUCGUCCUUCAGGACUCCAACAUCCUCCAGCCCAUGGGUCUGACCAUCCUGGGAGACCACCUGUACUGGAUCGACCGGCAGCAGCAGAUGAUCGAGAGGGUGGACAAACUGAGCGGCGACAGACGCACACGCAUCCAGGGACGGAUCUCAUACCUGACGUCUGUCCACGCCGUGGAGGAGAUGGACCCUCAGGAGUUUGCAUCACAUCCUUGUUCCCGUGACAACGGAGGUUGCUCUCACAUCUGCAUCGCUAAAGGAGACGGGACACCUCGCUGCUCUUGUCCCAUGCACCUGGUGUUACUGCAGGACCUGCUGCACUGUGGAGGUAAAGAAACACACAAACAAACACACAAACAACAUCAUGGUGCAGUCACCCUUUGUUAAACAAGCCAGAGGGGA